AUGACCAUGACGAAGCACGACCCCAUCCACCGCCGCGAAGGCGCGCUAUACGUCGAGGGCGUCUCUGCGUCCUCACUCGCUGAAACCCACAACACGCCACUAUACGUCUACUCCCUCGCGGCUUUAACGGGAGCAUGGAAUGCUUGGAUGGCCGGCGCUUCACAGCGAACCAAUUCCUGUCAAGUCAAGGUCCACGUCGCAGUCAAGGCCAACUCGAACCUCGGCGUUCUCUCGAUUUUUGCCCGCCUCGGAGCUGGGUUCGAUAUUGUUUCCGGGGGCGAGUUGAGGCGCGUCCUCGCCGCAGGCGGACGGGCAUGUGAUGUGGUCUUCUCCGGCGUUGGCAAGAGCCACUCCGAGAUGAAGGAGGCCUUAGCUGCAGGUGUCAAGUGCUUCAACGUCGAGUCUGUUCCCGAACUCAGCCGGUUGAAUGACGCCGCGAAAGAGAUGGGGAUGAAAGCACCAAUUGCGCUUCGAGUUAAUCCCGACGUCGACGCGCAUACACACGCUUACAAUACCACGGGCAAGAAGGGAAACAAGUUCGGUAUCGACUAUUCGGACGCGCGGGCGGCCUAUUCUGCGGCGGCGGGGAUGGAAAACCUCGAGAUUAUUGGAGUGGACUGCCAUAUCGGCUCGGGGAUUACCGAUACCGCGCCGUUCCUCGCCGCCGUCGACCGGGUACUUGAUCUCGUGGAGGUUCUGGAGAGGGACGGAAUCCCAAUCGCGCAUAUCGAUCUUGGAGGCGGACUGGGCAUUGAUUACGGGGACGGAGACGCGCCGCCCCCAACCCCCGAAUUUGUCAAGACGAUUCUCGAUCAUGUCGACCGCCGCGGACCGCGGAACGUCUGGUUCGAGCCGGGGCGCAGUCUCACCGCUGCCGCCGGAGUGCUUCUUACCAAAGUCGAGUACCUGAAACCGGGACCGAGGGAUGGGAAGAAUUUCUGCAUCGUCGACGCGGCGAUGAACGACCUCGCUCGGCCGGCCGUCUAUGGCGCGUUCCACCGUAUCGAGGCCGUCCAUGAUCGCGGCGGAAAGGGAGAGGUAUAUGAUGUCGUUGGGCCGGUUUGCGAGAGUGGCGACUGGCUGGGACGCGCGCGACAGUUGGAUGUCGAGGUUGGCGAUUUGGUGGCUGUGCGCGAUACGGGAGCGUACUCGUUCGUCAUGUCGUCCAAUUACAAUACGCGGCCGCGGGCCGCUGAGGUUAUCAUCGACGGGGAGACGGUGCAUGUCGUGCGGAAGAGGGAGACGGUCGAGCAGUUGCUGGCCAUGGAGAGCGUUUUGCCAUAG